CACAUACAGAGUUAUCGCUUCUCUAACUGAAUUCUGCGAAGUCGUACACAGAGGCAAGAUAUGCAGCGCCCAAUGGGAAGGGCAGAAGGCGGUGCUGGCGAAAGUGAAAACCUCUUUAAUGGCUAACUUCGAAACAUACCAGGUAACUGAGCCUGCCUUGAACACCAUCAACAAUUUUAUCAUCAUAAUGAACGACCUGCUGGAGGCUUACCCUGGCAUAACUAUACACGCCUACAGGGUUAGCCAAGACCUCUUGCAGAAAUUUUUCUGCAAGAUGGCGCCAGGCAGGAGAAAGAGAACGAGACCGGUGGAAGAUGUGAUGAAGCUGGGCACCCGACUAAUGAAACAGCAAUUAGAAUUUUGGGGAGGCGGAUCAAGAACGGAUAAAGAUUACGAGCUCAUUAAAAACCUGAAUUAUAAGACACCAGCCCAGGCCGAAGAUGAGUUCCUGCAUUACGAUUUGAAUGGGGUGCCGUACAAAGUAGCUGCCAAACGUCUAACCCUUAACGAGGCGGAAUACUUCAGGCUGCUCACAGGCUAUGGAAUAGCCCAAUACAUCCGUGAGCAGCUAAAAUGUCAAGCAUGCCUAAACGACCUAACGAUAACGAAGGAAGAAGCAUGCUCCGGAAUUGAUGGCAUGCUAGUCGCCAAUAUACAGGAACACGACGAAAUCCUGGCCAAUAAAAAUCUGGAACCAGAAUUUCCGAGGCUUGAUGUGCUCAAUGUUUUCUUGGAAGCCUUGGGCAUCUAUUUGGAAAUUAUAAAGUUCCACAUGGUUGAACGCAACAUCGGCAAGCGCACCCAGGCGACAAUUCUAAAGCAGCUUGACUUCUUCAAGGAAAAAGGCUCCUGCCGCAAUGGAAGAAGUCACCGGACUAACCUCCUAGGCUCUAUCAUACAUUUGCUGCUGAUUGAAAAAAACUGGAUCCAAAAAAGAGUUAAAAAUGUAUCAACAUUUUGUAGUCGUGGUCGUCCGCUCGCACAGUCAAAUCCAGCUAUCCGGUCGCCUCCUCAUAUAGAUGAAGAUUCGCUACAUGCUAAAGAUCAAAAAGCAUGCUUCCUUCUGCACCUCCACUCAUCGCGUUUCAGCAGUAUGCGAUACUUUCAUAGGCCAAUGUUUGAAAAACCAGGCCGUCAUUUGGAUGUUUGUUAUAUACCUGACGUAUUGAGCUCAUAACAUUUACGCAGCAACUCGGAAAUUCUCUGAUAAUAUAUAUUUGAAUGUUGGCUAGCUAAAAAAACAAAGUAAUAUUAAGUAAGAAAAAAUGUUUCAGUUUUUUCUUUCAAUUUUCACAACUUAAAAUCUUUACGG